UGAGCGGGUGCUGCUAGCGGAGGCGCCAUAUUGGAAGGGACAAAACUCCGGCGACAGCGAGUGACACAAAUAAACCCCUGGACCCCCUCGUUCCCCCAGCUCUAAGGGCCGCGAUGUUGUACCUAGAGGACUAUCUGGAAAUGAUUGAACAGCUUCCAAUGGACCUGCGGGACCGCUUCACUGAGAUGCGCGAGAUGGACCUGCAGGUGCAGAAUGCAAUGGAUCAACUAGAACAAAGAGUCAGUGAAUUCUUUAUGAAUGCAAAGAAAAAUAAACCGGAGUGGAGAGAAGAACAAAUGGCAUCCAUCAAAAAAGAUUACUAUAAAGCUUUGGAAGAUGCAGAUGAGAAGGUACAGCUGGCAAACCAGAUAUAUGACUUGGUAGAUCGACACUUGAGAAAGCUGGAUCAAGAACUGGCUAAGUUUAAGAUGGAGCUGGAAGCUGAUAAUGCUGGAAUUACAGAAAUAUUAGAGAGGCGAUCUUUGGAAUUAGAUACUCCCUCACAGCCAGUGAACAAUCACCACGCUCAUUCACAUACUCCAGUGGAAAAAAGGAAAUAUAAUCUGACUUCUCACCAUACAACAACAGAUCAUAUUCCUGAAAAGAAGUUUAAAUCUGAAGCUCUUCUAUCUACUCUUACAUCAGAUGCAUCUAAGGAAAAUACACUAGGGUGUCGAAAUAACAAUUCUACAGCCUCUUCCAACAAUGCUUACAACGUGAAUUCCUCCCAACCUCUGGCAUCCUAUAACAUUGGCUCAUUAUCUUCAGGAACUGGUGCAGGGGCAAUUACCAUGGCCGCAGCUCAAGCCGUUCAAGCCACAGCUCAGAUGAAAGAGGGACGAAGAACAUCAAGUCUAAAAGCCAGUUAUGAAGCGUUUAAGAAUAAUGACUUUCAGCUGGGAAAAGAAUUUUCAAUGCCUAGAGAAACAGCUGGCUAUUCAUCAUCUUCAGCACUCAUGACUACAUUAACACAGAACGCCGGUUCAUCAGCAGCCGACUCACGGAGCGGGAGAAAGAGCAAAAACAACAACAAGUCUUCAAAUCAGCAGUCCUCCUCCUCCUCCUCCUCCUCCUCCUCUCUGUCAUCGUGUUCUUCUUCAUCAGCCGUCGUCCAAGAGAUGUCUCAACAGACAACAGUGGUACCAGAAUCCGAUUCAAACAGUCAGGUUGAUUGGACUUACGACCCAAAUGAACCACGAUACUGCAUUUGUAAUCAGGUAUCCUAUGGUGAGAUGGUGGGCUGUGAUAACCAAGAUUGCCCUAUAGAGUGGUUCCAUUAUGGGUGCGUUGGGUUGACAGAAGCUCCAAAAGGAAAGUGGUACUGUCCGCAGUGCACCGCCGCUAUGAAGAGGAGAGGCAGUCGGCACAAAUAAAGGUGGUCAUUUCAUGUGAGCAAGGAAAAACUUCAACUAAAUGUUUUAUAUGGGACUUUAAAACAGAAGAAAAGAGAAAAGAGAAACAAUGCAUUUCCAGGCAACCACUUCAAGGAUUUACAUAGACAAUCCUGUAAGAUCUUGAACUUGAAUUUUAUGGGUUGUAUUUUAAUAAUGUAAGUAAAUUAUUUAUGCACUCCUGGUGUGCUACGAAUAUUAUUCCAGUUAGCCUUGGAUUCUUUCAGUGGCCAACAUAUGCAGACAUUUGUACUCCUCAACCAGUUUCUCAAAGUAAUGGGCAUUCUAUAAUUUAGACUUCAGAGAAUUCCAACGAUGAAGAUUUUAAGAAAAGCAUUUUAUAUUCAACAGGUAUGUUCUGCUGCAUGUACUGUACUCCAGAGCUGUUAUGUAACACUGUAUAUAAUGGUUGCAAAAAAAAAAAAAAAAGUCAGUGCUUCUAAAAAGAAUUUAAGAUAAUGGUUUUUAAAAUGCCUUUAUAAUAAGCUUUGUUUCUUUGUGAAACUAAAUUCAGCAGGCUGAAGGAAAUGGUUCAUGUGAUAAAGUGGGCUGGUGUCCUCUAGAGUACCUGGGUACAUAAACAGAAACUCCUGUAGGUAAAAACGAAUCUGUGCCAUUAGUCUUUAUAUGUUUCUGCAUCCAGAUAGAGUGCAG